AUGGACACAACGCUCUGCUUGCUGCUGCAUGCCAACGGCCUCAACCGCCGUGUCUGGGCGCCUAUCGCCGAAGACCUGGCGGCGCUCCGGGGCCUGCCAGUGGAGGCACUGGCUUCGCCGCGCCCGGAGGCCUCGCUCACCCGAAUCGGCCGGCUAUGGCUGGCUUCGCUGGACUUGCUUGGGCACGGCGAAGCAGCAGAGCUUCAUCUGGCCGGAGCCGACACUGGCCGGAGUUACAGCGCUCAUAAGCCGUACGUUGCGGAUGGUACACCGGAUAUGUUCACGCCUUUGAUUCUUUGGAGGCCUGAGUCUGUAUGUCGAUGA